UAGCGUCACUUGCCGGAACCAGAUAUCUGUUUUUUGUGUUCCAGGAGGACAUUUAUAUGUGGUGGACUUUAAACCGACUGCAUCCGUACCACCAUGCCUGUUGACACCAGAAGAGUUCGCGGCCCAGAGGUCUCCCAAAGUCCGUUAUUGUUCGCGUGCAAGCCGGCGGCAGUCUUCUCCUCACAUGGCCCCCGAGCAGACGGUCGGCAGCGGGACCAGGUGGACGUCCGGCCUGUUUUUGUCAGGUGUGGGCUCGUGAGCCAGGCGAAGGGCUCCGCGUACAUGGAGGCUGGAGACACCAAGUUGAUGUGCUGCGUGUACGGUCCCAGAGAAACGGAACGUAAAGAUGACACCGAUAUGAAGUGUGGGAGGUUGACAACAGAUAUGCGGUUUGCUCCAUUCUCUUGCCCGGAGAGAGGUUCCUGGAUUCAAGGGAGUCAGGACAAGGACUUCUCCUUGAUGCUGCACGAAAGUCUGCAGCCCGCCUUGUGCCUCCACAAAUACCCCCGCUCUCAGAUAGAGGUCAAUGUGAUGGUUCUUGAAAACAGCGGCUCAGUUCUAGCGCACGCUGUCACCUGCGCAUCGCUCGCACUAGCUGAUGCGGGAAUCGAAAUGUACGACCUGGUGCUUGGCUGCGCAAUCCGCCAGGAUGGGGCCUCUUAUGUGGUCGACCCGACAUACGCGGAGGAAAACGGAAAUGGCUCAGACAGUAGCGACAAUCAGGGAAGAUUGACUCUGGCGUUCCUCCCUAGCUUGAACCAGGUUUCUGGGCUGCAGUCUGAUGGAGAAAUGACUGAAGAGAGUCUCUCUGCUGGAGUACGCACCUGCAUAGAGGGGUGCUAUAAGAUAUAUCCAGUCAUCCAACAAGCUCUGGCGAAGGCAGUGCGAAGGGCGGCGCCCCCGCCAUCGGAGAGUUGACUGAAGUUUAUCGUUUUAUGGGCCAAUAUCACUCUAAAAUGCCUUUGUCUCCUCCUCAAAAUCACAGUCAUCAUGUAUAUGAAUUUGUAUAAUGAAACUCUGAAGUCCUACUAUCAAUUUGAAUAAAUAAAUUUGGAUAAAAUUUUGCAUGUGUCUGUGCAGCUGUCAUCAAGGGGUAACUGUCCCUUAAAGAAACCUUCUCAUGUUUUCAUUCACAUUGUGACCACCAUUUCGUCUUUCUUCAAGUGAGUCUGAAACAGUGUACAAUCGCAGAAUAAAUCUUGACACUUAUCGG